UCCCGUCACAAAAUACAUUGAACUGGAAAGUCUUGGCAGCGGGGGUUUUGGAGAGGUUUCCAGAGCACUUGACAUUGCCACAGGAGGAGAGGUGGCCAUAAAGAAAAUAAGUGUGCAAGGAGUGAGGAGGAAGAUACUAACCAUGAAUGAAAUCAGGAUCAUGGAGAGUAAUAGGAGUCCCAGGGUCGUGAAUUACUUAGCCAGCUACCUUGUGCAUGAGGAACUCUGGCUGGUGAUGGAGUACAUGGACGGAGGCACUCUGAGAGAUCUCAUCGACGAGGCUCAAAUGUCUGAAGAAGAGAUUGCAGCUGUCAGUCGGGAGUGCCUGCAAGGACUGGAUUUUCUUCACUCCAACCACGUGAUCCAUCGAGAUGUGAAGAGCAACAACAUCCUGCUCAGAACCGACGGCUCUGUCAAGCUGGCUGAUUUUGGCCUUUCUGCUCAGCUCACCCCUGAGAAAAAUCAACGGUGCUCAGUGAUCGGGACUCCUUGGUGGAUGGCACCUGAAGUGGUGAAGCGUCAACCAUAUGGCCCCAAAGUGGACGUGUGGUCUUUUGGAAUUGUGGCAAUUGAAAUGGCCGAACAAAAAACUCCUUAUGACAGUUUCACUGCUCGAUCGGCUAAAUACCACAUAGCCACAAAAGGGACCCCACAGCUGCGGCAGCCCGACCAAUUCUCGCCUUUGCUGCGUGACUUCCUGAGCUGCUGCCUGCAGAAAGGCGAGGCGCAGCGCUGGUCUGCCAAGGAGCUGCUGCAGCAUCAAUUUAUAACAUCGGCCAUGCCUGGGUCCAGCCUGGCACCACUCAUCAUGGCAGUGAAGAAGUGGAAGGAGGAGAUAUGAAUGCGCCAAUCAAUUUCAAACUGUUUUUUCCAUGCCCAACUUAGAGUAGGAUUGUAGAGUAGGAUUGUAGAGUAGGAUUGUAGAGUAGGACUGUAGUGUAGGAUUGUAGUGUAGGAUUGUAAAGUAGGACUGCAGUGUAGGAUUGUAGUGCAGGAUUGUAGAGUAGGAUUAUAAAUAAAGUUACUGAUACCUCAACUCCUUUGGAACAUUUCUCUCCUUCUGACCCUGUGAGAAAGCUCAACAUUUCCUCCUGAAUUGUCAGUUUUUUCUUAGAGGUGGAAAGUGACAUUGAUGGCUUCUUUGGUACAGUUUGUAAGGGGGGAAGGCUCUUCUUCAUUCAUCCUCUCCAGACCACACUGCCUUUGGAAUAUGGCCAACUGGCCAAGUUUUGCCCAGCUCUGGCAUUUCUAUUUGAGGCAGAAACAGCAAUGGCAUUUGCAGGAAAAACCAAAGGAGGAACGGUGCAACACAAACAUCCUGUGCAGAUGC